CUGAACAUCGCCGAUUUAUCCCUCCUUACUUCUGGUGUGCACCUUAUCACUCAACCUCUUCCAAUUUUACUCCCACCCUUGAGCGCACAGACGGUCCGAGUUACUUGCAUCGCCCCCCAAGCAGGAACUUUACAUCUUCGAGGUGUGGGAAUAAGACUUCACGAUGGUUCACAUACCGAAGUUUUGCUUCCUAUGAUGGACGAUGCCGAUUUGCUCAAGGCUCAGAAACGUCGUAGUAGAAUGUCGGCGGAAUUGUCCAAGACGAAGCGUUCCGGGAUGGAAGCUAGACUUUCUGUCAUGUUACUCGAAGGAGUCAAACAUGGGAGAAAAUCCAGUGUGUCUGUACCCCAGAAAUGGUUGGAAUGUACGGUAGUAGAUGAGCAACCCCUUUUAUGGAUUCGUUCGACUUCAUUGACACAUGGUACCAUCAUGUUGUAUCAUGGAGAGAGCUCUACAAUUCGAUUAUCACUAGAUAAUUCUUCAUCUACCCCGGUCAAUUUUCUCAAACUCAGUUUUGACGAUUCGACACAACGAGACGCUCAAGUGAUAUUACAGGAAGGGGAAUUAAGUCCUGAACAAGCAUACGAAUUAGAUUGGGAUCAAAUACACAAUCCUGUUUUCUCGUGGGAGGCGCCAGAUCAGACUAUCAUUCCUCCUAAUGGUCGUUUGACACUUUGUAUCAAAUGUUUCGGUAAAGUUGGUUGCACGGAUGGAAAUAUACGAAUAGAUUAUGGACAUGUCGUUAAAUCCAACGAUGAUAAAUCUUUCUUCACUAGACAUCUCGAUUUCCCCGUUUUGUUCACGGUUUAUCACACUCUUGAAUCACAUUCUCUUGAUCUCACCAGACUUUUACCAUCUCCCUCUCUCUCCUCCCCCGAAACAAAGUCUAAUGGGUCAAUCGAUCAGUCAACAGCCAAAUCAAGUACUUCUCAUGCAGAUGAUAUUUUGAGGAGUAAGUUGGGCGAGGAAUCAGAUAAUGCACAUUGUCUCGUCAGUUUGGACGUACGGAAUGUAUAUGGAGUUCCAUUCGAAGUGUCUAUAGGACGUACCGGUGAUAAUUCACAAACUUCUCGACUCGUUCCACCCGGAGCUACCGAAAGACUCAUUCUACCCAUUCCGAGAAUCCGAUUAUUGGUAAAAGAUAUAUCUCGACCAAUACCCAUUUUGACAGAAAGACAAUAUGUCGUUGAUAAACGACAAAUCAGUCAAGCAGAGACAAAACGGAAAAAAGAAAUGUUUUGGUAUCGCGAACAACUCCUAAAUCUAUUAUUUGCCAAAUGGGUAGAACCUGGAUCACUUCGAAGUGGUAAACUUAAUCUUCGUCAUCUUCAUCUUUCCUCAGAACAUCUAGGUGUUUUUCGUAAAGACGAUUUAGACCUUAUUCUCAUGUUACAUCAAAAUGAUAAACCUUGUCUAAUCGCACGGACAUGUGAAAAAAUCGAUCUAUCUUUGAAGAUUAUAAACCGACUUGAAAGAUCUUUCAGACCUCUGAUGAGGAUAGAAUCUUUACCUUCUUCUUCUUCCGAUUCAUCAUGGGCUUCAAUAGAACCUACGGUUAAUAGAAGAUAUUCGAUCCAACCCCAUGUGUCUCGAAACAUCUUGAUGGAUGGAAGUCAAAUGACGAUAUUACCUUUGUUGGAACCUGAUGGUAGGGCGGAUCAUACGAUUUCUAUCAUUUUCUUGGCUAGUGGGACUUAUUCUUUCAGAGGGGCAGUAGAAGAGAUCUUACCUGAUGAUGGGGAAGAGACAAAGGUUAGGUUUAGUCCCCUUUUGAUCGUCAAAGUGGAAGAAUAA